AUCGCACACUCAUAUGAUGGCCCCGCUGGCCAUCGAGUGCUGCAUCUCCGACCAACGCCCGAGCAGUGGGCUGAUUUCCCUGCUCUUCUGUCUUUCGCGCGAAGCCUUCAUGCAGAGCUUGAUGGAUGCUUCAAGAUCGUGCUCCCGGACGAGCUUCAGGAACCCCUUCCGGAGAAACAAUCCCAACAUGCUCCUGCUAAUGCCUACCGAAUAAGGCAGAUUAAUCACAGGACGUUUUGGCAAGUCAGCACAGUACCGAGUGAUGGUUCCUUUUCGUCUUCAGAGCCGGAUGGCGAGCUAUCAGGCAGUGUGGAGGACAAGUUCAAAAAGCUCAAGACGCUCUUCAACAAGAGCAAGGAUAGGCAGAUGCGAAAUGUGCGGUAUCGAGUCGAUGUCCCCGCGUGGACUGCCAGGCAGAGGCGUGAAGCUGGCGUACCAGAGCGAAGUCCCAUCCAUCCUUUGGCCGGCGAUAAAUUAGACAAAACAAAGGCCAUUAUUCCGGGAAUACACACGCCAUAUGUGUACGAAUCCGCUCAGCACUUUGGCGCAACGUUCCAGCUCCACGCAGAGGACUUCCGCCUGUCAUCUCUGAACCAUCUAUACAAGGGUCGCAAAAUCUGGAUUGUGGUCCCUGCAACAGCUGUAGAUAUUGCUGAGGAGGCGUUGAAUCGAAAGGGCAAAUGCUCGCAGUUCAUGCGUCACAGAGCCGAGUUCUUCUUCCCUGAGAAGCUGCAAAAAAUGGGCAUACCGUAUCGGAUCGUGGAUCAACGACCGGGAGAAACGAUUGUCAUUCUGCCAGAUGCCUAUCACGAGGGAUUUAGCACUGGAUACACCUUGGCCGAGGCCAAGAACUAUGCAGAUCCAGACUGGACAACGGACACCUACCAACCAUGCGAGUUGAGUUGCCAGCUUGCAACGGCAAUACCAGCCGAGUAUAUGCGGCCUCUGCGAGAGGGAGAAGAGAGACUGGAUCUGUGUGCUGGCUAUAACGAAGUCAGU